ACAAUUGUUUCGUCAUUCAAAACUGGCGGCUUGCGUUUGUUUGCCGGAAGUACGUCAGAUCUAUUUCUGAUCUCGCACAUAGGAUUUACCAAAUGCACGUUUUUUGUUUUUGUUGUUUUUGAGUAUUACUGGCAUCAUCAGACUUGGCUUGAUGAGUCAGGUUUCUGGUCAGUGAGAUUGAUGUAGAUUAAACGUCUACAUCAACGUUUAAGUCAACUGAAUUGUUGACUCAAAGGUCAACAAUUCCGUUGUUGACCGAAAACUCAACAAUUCCCUGAAGUCACUUAUUGUGCUCCGUGCAAACAUCCGCAGGAAAAAAAAGGUUGCUUUUAUCAUUUGCAAUUCCGGGAGUUCUUGAACGCAGCAGUUCGCCUCAGCUGAACGGUGACUGUACACAUUCAAGAUGGCCGCUGCGAUGGACGACGAAUUUGAAGACGCGCCUGAUGUGGAGCCUUUAGAACCGACUCUGAAGAACAUAAUCGAACAGAAAUCGCUGAAAUGGAUCUUCGUUGGUGGGAAAGGUGGUGUCGGUAAAACCACCUGCAGCUGUAGUUUGGCCGUCCAGCUGGCUGCCGUCAGAGAGAGCGUCCUCAUCAUAUCCACAGAUCCUGCCCAUAACAUCUCUGAUGCUUUUGACCAGAAGUUCUCGAAGGUGCCUACUAAAGUUAAGGGCUACGACAACCUCUUUGCAAUGGAGAUCGACCCGAGCUUGGGUGUCGCCGAACUGCCUGAUGAAUUCUUUGAGGAGGACAACAUGCUCAGCAUGGGCAAGAAAAUGAUGCAGGAAGCCAUGAGUGCUUUCCCUGGCAUUGACGAGGCUAUGAGCUAUGCAGAGGUCAUGAGGUUAGUGAAAGGAAUGAACUUCUCAGUUGUGGUGUUUGACACCGCGCCGACUGGCCACACGCUGCGUCUGCUCAACUUCCCCACCAUCGUGGAGCGAGGGCUGGGUCGCCUCAUGAAAAUUAAGAACCAGAUCAGCCCCUUCAUUUCUCAGAUGUGUAACAUGCUUGGUCUGGGUGACAUGAAUGCAGACCAGCUGGCGUCCAAGCUGGAGGAAACUCUACCAGUUAUUCGCUCCGUUAGUGAGCAGUUCAAAGAUCCUGAACAGACGACCUUCAUCUGUGUUUGUAUCGCUGAGUUCCUGUCGCUCUACGAGACGGAGCGGCUGAUCCAGGAACUAGCCAAGUGUCGCAUCGACACACACAACAUCAUCGUCAACCAGCUGGUUUUUCCCGAAGCGGAGAAGCCUUGUAAAAUGUGUGACGCCCGUCACAAAAUUCAGUCCAAAUAUUUAGACCAGAUGGAGGAUCUUUACGAAGAUUUCCACAUAGUAAAGUUACCGCUGCUGCCUCAUGAAGUUCGCGGCGCCGACAAGGUCAACACAUUCUCGAAGCAGCUUCUGGAACCAUACAAACCCCCAAACAAGUGAUCUCUCACUUGUCGGACCUCUUCUCAACAGCCCCCCGAAUCUCCCCUCUCUUCCCUCUUAAGUCUGUAGAUAAAACUCUUCAUCAGUGUGACCGCGCCUGCUCCGGGUUUUCCCACCCCGCCCCGUCUUAAACCUUGCAGCAACGGCCUCAUAAUGAUCCACUCUGUCCUCUGAAGCAGAACACCCCUACAUCAACAACACACUCACAUUCCCAAACUGAAGGGGAGCUGAUGAGAACACACACACACACACACACACACACACACACACACACACACACACACACACACACACACACACACACACACACACACACACACGCAACCUCAUUGUGAGAAGAGGCGGUGCGUAUAUGCAGUCUAACUCUCGGUUUAUUCUCUCGUGUUCAUAUCCUUUGUGGCAGUCGUUCUAGUCUUACUGCAAUCAACUCGGUCUCAACAGAACCAUCCUAUCUCGGGUCAGAGUUCAGUUCUAACCGUUUCAGUUCUGUUCGUUCAACAAAUUUCAGGUGGUUGAUGUCAACGCCUCGGUUUCUCUGUGAUUUUGGUGCUUUUGUUUCUUUUCCAGUCGAGGUUCUGACUGAACUUGCAACCAAAUUCACGUCUUGUAUAUUUUUCGGUUUCAUUUACGUUACUACGACUUCAGAGUUAAAUGACAGAUUGUUGGCAAAAAGGAGCAAAACGAGAAAUGUUAUCAUUCUUUUAGUUUCAGUUCUUGAGGGUUGUUUCAUUCCAGGAAUGGUUUGCUUGCUGUUUGGCAUCAUUGGUUCGAAUCCACAUGUUUCGUAAGACCAAAGUGUGACAUUUCAGUAAGUUGAAGCUGAACUCAGAACCUCCUAAAACACAUCAGCCCACUUCUCUCUAACAUUGAUUACCAUUACAGGAAGAAUCGGGAUAACUAUUCUGAUUGUAGUUAUUUAGAACAUAACUCGUCACUGAAGUUUUGAGCUAAUGAUUGUAUGCAUUCUUUACUGCUGUGAAUGAAAAAAAAAAAAGAUUCUGGUUCAAUUGAAGCAUUCCCAACUGGAAAAUAAGUAUAAGGUCAAUGCUUCCACCUGUCAACAUCUCUCUUGUUUUCUGUCUCUGAUUGCUUCAAGAAUCUGUUUUCUAUAGAUUUUAUUUAAAUUAUAUUUCAAUUGUGAAUUAAACUUUCCUCAGCUAAAAUUG